UGCGACAUCUUUGCUUUAUAAGCUAGCUCCACAUCCUCCAGCUCCCAUACGCAUAAACAUGUUUUUCGGAGAUUUUUCUACAUUUGCAAACUAAAACUCCAAUCUACCCACUUAGUUUUUGAAAAACUUGGUUGUAAGUUGUAUCUUUGAUUAUCGUAGCCUAGGCUUCGAUGAUGAUUGUGAUUCAAAAUCAUCAUAAAAGAUGGGAAUACAAACAAAAGAAUCGAAUUUUAGCCUAUCCAAUCCUACCUUGGGCUCGAUCACAUGGAGAAGCUAAGUUAAAACAAUACAUGAAGAUUCAGCCACAGAGUUGUCGGCAACAACAGACUCUGAUUUACUCUCCACUUCUUUGAAGCACUGUAGUUUGCAGAUUAUGAAAAAGAUGUAGAAACCUUGUUAAGUUUAGCCGGCUUUGUAUUCUCUUUCGAUCUCUCCACCAGUAGAGACGAUCUGGAUCAUCCCUUCUUAUAAAUGAGUAUUUUCACAAUGCCGUUGCCCUUAUAUUACCGAAUACUAUGGUUCUUACCUCCACCAGACCAAGUUAUGGAUCAUUAUGGAAUAUAUGGCUGGUGGUUCAGUCGCUGACCUGCUUCAACCAGGUCAUCCAUUGGAUGAAAUUUCAAUUGCUUGUAUUACGGGUGGUCUACUUCAUGCUGUUGAAUAUCUCCACACUGAGGGGAAGAUCCACAGAGAUAUCAAAGCCGCUAAUAUUUUGUUGUCCGAGAAUGGUGAUGUCAAGGUCGCGGAUUUUGGUGUGUCUGCACAAUUAACCCGGACAAUAUCGAGGAGAAAGGUGCUUAUAUCUUAUUAUUCUAAUGAAGCUCCUGGUUCUCUGUCGUGUCUCAUUCACUUUUCUACCCUGUAGCUGUGGCUUUGUGCACUUUCUGUUAGACUAAGUCACACUGCACAUUUUUCUUUGCAUGCUAUUCCAUAGUCUUAAUCAUUCUAAUGUUCGAACAUUUUCAAAAUUUUAUCUUAUAAGUUGA